CGAUCUACUCAGUCAUCGUCUCGACGUCGGCGCGUUCAGUCUCUCUUUGGUUCUGGAAGAAGGAUACGGAGUGAAGUGUUGUACCUGGAACAGUGGUGAUCAGUGCAUGCAGAAGGAUACUGCAGAUUGUUGGAAGAUAAGAAGGACACUAGGACAGUUUGUGAAGAACUUCUGAAGAUUGUGACGAACUUCUGAUGGAAAAGUGUGAUUCUAGUGAUCGUUAGAGAAUAAGAUACUUGGUGAAGUCCUUUAGAGGACUACGUGCGUAGUUACGCAAAGAUUGGCCAUCAUGGAGGCUACAUGGUGGAUAGUGCUUGUGACAUUCACAUCAGUCAGCAUCAGGCCCAGCAAUGGAUUCGAUUUAUUUCCCCCGAAGAACGAGCUCAUCUAUCGACUGGAGGCCGAUGUCACGCUGGUUCCGGAUCUUCAUUCGCAGUCUAACUACGUGUGGACCAUGAUUGGGCGAUUGCAUGUGCAGCGGUAUGAUCCGAUAAAUUUGGCUGUAAAGAUAUCCCUAGACGACGAUUAUUUCCCGAAUCAGAGCAAUGUGAGCGCCCUGCUGGAACCGUUCCGGGUAGCCCUGGCCAAUGACAGUUCCGUGUUGAGUGUCUUAUUCAAAGAAAACGAACCCAUCUGGUCCGGAAACAUUAAGCGGGCGGUGGCGUCGCUUCUGCAGGCCUACGGCGAUAGUCCAGGAGCUUACGUGGUAGACGAACAGGGCAUCUUCGGAAGCUGCCCGACGGAGUACUUUGUGGUGAACAAGUCCAAUGUGUUUGAAAUCUCCAAAACCUACGAUAUGGGCAGCUGCAAUAUCUAUCCGGGUGCGAUCUAUUUGACGAGGAGUAACAUCCCGUUGAACAUUUGCACCGCCAACAAGCAGAACCAGGCAAUCACUUCCAGGAUAGCGAACUACAAGCUGAAGAAAGUGGAACCGUAUCGUUACAUGCUGUUGGAAAUGGACGGGACAAUGCGGACUAACGUGCGGACGUUUGAGUCUUACUAUCCCCAGUUCUUGUACACAAAGAUUCAACUCAAGUAUGAAGCACACAGUGUCAUUGAAGAACAGGAACAAGUGUUCAACAUCGCUCAAGGAAUGUCGCUUCUGUUCAGUCCCAUGCUGUUUGUAAGCCCGGAUGAAGAGGCUACUGGAGGAAGAAGCCCCAAAUCGAAGGAAAGCUUGGUGAAGAAGACGGCUGACUUGUUGAAUACCUUGGCCGAUAAUUUGGAAUCGGUAGAUUCCAAAUUGAUAGAACCAUACGAUGAGACUGUUUCGGAAAUCAUACGAUUAAUGGGGACGAUGGAUCUGGAAACGUUGAAAUUGUUGUUCGAAGAGAUUGAUUUGGGAACCUCAUAUCGACAAGAAACAGCCAGGAAUAUUUUGCUGGAAAUUAUUCCUAGAACGGGAACCUCUCCAACUAUAUUGUUAACGCGAGAUUUGAUCAUAAACCAGCAAGUCAACCCAGCGACCGCUGUGCAACUAUUGAUCUCUUUACCGUUCUACAUGUCCGAACCGUCGUACGAGGUGGUCAAAGAGUGUGAGGUUUUCUUGAGUUUUGGUACUGAUCGUCCAGAUAUCAAGCAUGCGGCAGUUCUGAGCUACGCCACAAUGAUCUACAACACGUUUAUUGCUGGUAAAAUGACUGCCGACAAUUUCGAGAAGUACGUCAAGAUCUACUUCGAUAUGUUUUUGAAUAGUUUCGAAUACGAACAGCAAAUGCUCUACUUGGAGGCGCUGGGAAAUCUACAGCUAGAGAACGUAGCCGAAUACUUGGAUCCGAUCAUCAAGGCAGACUAUCCGCAGAACACCGACAUUCGCUUCUUGGCCAUGUGGGCAACAAUGCCAACGGCUCAUCUGCGGCCGAACCAGGUUUAUGAAACGUAUUGGCCCAUCUUCCACUCGAAAUCGAGCCCCCUACAGUUGCGAGUAGCUGCCUUUACGAUGCUACUGAUAUCCAACCCGACUCCUGGCCGGCUGCUGGGCUUGUACAGCGUGAUCAAGACCGAAAACGAUCCACACAUGAUCAACUUCUACCGAACGACGGUGCUCAGCAUUUCGGAAACGACUUAUCCUUGCUAUCAGCAUUUGAAACAACUCCUUGCCUACAUGACCCGACAGCUUCCCAAGGCACCACCGUCCAAAUACUGGGUAACGGGAAACUAUCUGUUCGAUUAUAGGGAUCGCAAGUUCCACAUUGGAUCGAUGCUGCAGGCCCUACUGAUCGGAAGUCAUAGGACCGAUCUGCCCAUGAUGGCUUAUAUCAAAUUUGACACCGAAGCUCUGGGUCGAUUCACUGGACAACUGGGGCUCUACAUCAAAGCACGUGGUCUAACGGAUGCCGUCAUUCAUCGGUUAACCAAGCUCAACUCUGGCUAUCUGAAGCUCGAUCGGUUAACCAACAUUUUGAAAUCGAUGAAAAUGCCCACCUCGAACCCAACGCCGCUUCACUUUGAGUUCAUCGUCCAGUUUGAGGGAAAAGCCGUCCUGUCGUACCAUCUCAACCAAACUACUUUCCAUAAUCUGACGGACGGAGAUCUAAUCAACCGGAUCAAUUUCCUGCUGAGGGACAGCCACAUCAACAUGCAAAUCGUUCGACGCCCGUUCAUGAUCAAAUAUGCCUUGCCGACGCUCAUCGGAACCCCAGCGGACAUUCUGAUUGAGAAUACCGUCCUGGCGACCAUCCGAGGAAACACCACUCAACAGAUGAUGAUGGACAAGGUGGCUCGCAGUAACCAGGUAGAUCUGCGAUAUUCGUCCUACGCCGUCGUCAAAAUCAGAAGCUACAACCCGAUCGAGGACAUCGAAUAUUCAACCAUUCGCGAGCAAGGCUUCCUAGUGUAUAUCCCCAUCAAUAACGAAAUCGUGUGGGAUAUUGCUAGUAAGUCCAUUAGCUAUGCGUUCUAUCGCCCAGAUGGAUUGACCAGUGGAAUAUCGCUAAAGAGUAGAACGAGAAACAUCCCUUCGGACUCUCUGGUGCAAAGGGAUAGACUUGAACCGAAGGAAGAGGAAAUAGCUGGCUUUGGUUACGCAUUUGAAGACUUGGGUAUUCAGUUCAUGGCCAGAGCUCACGAGGAUUACACCAAAGACAACGUAAUGUUUAUGUUGGAAACGGAUGUCCUGGAUAACGCCAAGGUCCUAUCCGGUGCACCGUUUUCCUUGGUCAACCACGUUCUAAGGGUCAUCAACCUGAUUCAACUGAAUACGAUCCACAUCGGGCGCGAUAAGCAUUUGACUCUGCUCGUGUCCAACAAACAGAAAACUCGUCUUCAAGGAACUCUCAAGUGGGACGAAGAAAAUUACUCAAAGCAACCGAACGUACCGGAGAACGAAGUGUUCCGCGUUAAUCUGAUUCUGGCGCACACCAUCCCGAAACCGGAAGGCGAAGGCAGCCGCGACGAAGUCAAAGUUCUGCACAAGUGGGAGCUCACGUCGCAAUACACCGACUACAAGAGCAACAAUGCGGCCAAGUUCUUCUUUUCGCUAACCCGUCAGGAGUGGAACAGUUCCAACUGGAAGCUAUGCUUGAUGGCGGAUUACGAGCCGUUGGUCUUCCUGAAGCGGCCCUUCAGCCUGAUCGGCCACGUGGCCUUCAACGAAACUCGAACCCCGAAACGGUGCCCGGACUUGCCGCGGAUAACGUUCAACAUCUCGUACCAUCUGCCGAAGUACGUGCAAGACGUGUACAACAUAAUGGACACCGGGGAUGUGAACUGCCCGAAGGAGAUUCUCCGACUGACCCCACCACCCUUCUCCGGAAAUUGUAGCGCCGAGACGUUUGCUCCGCUGACAACGGUUUCCGGUUUGGAUGCGAGUUUCAAAUUUGAAAAGCUCCCAUCGUGGAUCGUGGAGUUGCUGCAUCGGUUGGACCACCUGGCCUCGGCAGUAGUGCCACGGCGCGUCCAAACGCUGAACAUCACCGACCAUCUGAAUGUGAACGUUAAAACUACUCGGUUCAGCAGUGAUACCGACAUUACCAUCAAUGGGGGCACCAUCUGGAUUCCGACACGGUACAACUACAACGAGAAGCUGCACCAUCCCAGGAAGAGCAGUAUCGAUUAUGGUUUUACAAGCAUGUGCAGCCUCGUGAACAACAAGCUGACCACCUUCCACGACCGGAUAGUCCAGCUGACGCCGGAACUCAAGCAGGACUACCGCCUAAACGACACCUUCCUGCUGGCGGCCGAUUGUUCCGACGCGCCGAAAAUCGCCGUCUUCAUGCUGGACAACGGCAAGGGCAUCCAGAUCUACACCGGAGGCAACUACAUCGUGUACGAGACGACGGGCCAGCAGGAGUCGGAACCGAUCCUGAACAUCAACGACGAGCAGCUGAUCAACCUGAAGAACGUGAUCUACCAGUUCCCACCGGACGAGGAAAUCUACGACUUCCGGGUGUACCUAAACGACGAGGAUAUACUGGUGGUGGAGAACAAGCUGAACGGAGCGGUGGUGCAGUACAACCGGAAGUCGAUCGCCAGCAUUUUGCUGCCGACGGUUCACAAGGGCCGGAUGUGCGGACUUUGUAGCAGUCGAGUCCAAUGAUUGGGCGUCGAUUAGAGUGUUGAACUUUGUAUUUAUUCUGAACAAAUUAUAAUCUACAAUGCAUGACUUUUAUUAAACAUUUAUAUAACAGUAGACGAAUAGGUAUUAUUAGUUGGCUAUUUCCGCUGAUUAGAAUGAGUGACGGUAUGAUUCUACUAGUGACUAUCCUGCUUUUACCUGAUGAUGGUCAGCUGCUGGUGUAGGCUUUGGCAUGUGAAUUAUAGUACGCAAAUAUUUAAUAUUACUGGAA